AUGGAUCGGCAGCUUGAGCAUGCGGUGACGCACAAAAAGCCCGUCCCCGAGAUUGACUUCACCUUGCAUCGGAUGGAAGAUGGCACCCAAGUGUCAACAUUGGAACGAGUUUGCAAAGAGGUGCAGGCGCCCGCGCUCACAGUUCCGACCGACGAGAGUUUCUGGUCACCAGAAGACCCAGAAAAGCCAAACUUGCCUUUUUUAAAGCAGCACUUCUAUCGCGAAGGCAGACUUACUGAGGAACAGGCGUUAUGGAUUAUCAGCAAAGGUACCGAAUUGCUUCGUUCGGAGCCUAACCUUCUUGAGAUGGACGCUCCUAUCACAGUGUGCGGCGAUGUGCAUGGCCAAUAUUACGACUUGAUGAAAUUGUUCGAGGUUGGCGGGGAUCCCGCCGAAACCAGGUAUUUAUUUUUGGGGGAUUAUGUCGACAGAGGCUAUUUUAGUAUCGAGUGCGUACUAUACCUGUGGUCGCUCAAAAUCUGGUAUCCAAACUCUCUUUGGCUGCUACGAGGAAAUCAUGAAUGUCGCCAUCUGACCGACUACUUCACCUUUAAACUCGAGUGCAAACACAAGUAUUCCGAGCGCGUCUACGAUGCAUGCAUGGAGUCCUUUUGCGCUCUACCCCUCGCUGCAGUGAUGAACAAGCAGUUCCUCUGUAUUCAUGGAGGGUUGAGUCCAGAGUUGCACACCCUUGAGGAUAUCAAAGCUAUCGAUCGAUUCAGGGAGCCGCCGACGCACGGAUUGAUGUGCGACAUUCUUUGGGCCGAUCCGCUGGAAGAGUUCGGACAGGAGAAGACAGGAGAUUAUUUCAUGCACAAUCACGUGCGAGGAUGUUCCUAUUUCUUCUCAUAUCCCGCUGCCUGCGCUUUCCUAGAGAAGAAUAAUCUGCUAUCGAUUAUCCGGGCGCAUGAAGCUCAAGAUGCCGGUUAUCGAAUGUACCGAAAGACCCGUACGACCGGUUUCCCAAGUGUGAUGACGAUCUUCAGCGCGCCCAACUACCUUGAUGUCUAUAACAACAAGGCUGCUGUUCUCAAGUAUGAGAAUAAUGUGAUGAAUAUCCGUCAAUUUAACUGCACGCCUCACCCUUACUGGCUCCCUAAUUUCAUGGAUGUCUUCACCUGGUCGCUACCUUUCGUGGGAGAGAAAAUCACAGAUAUGCUGAUUGCCAUCCUGAACACCUGCUCCAAAGAAGAGCUUGAAGACGAGACGCCCUCGUCCGUCUCCCCUACCUUACCCUCUCCCCCAUCUGCCACUGAGAAAGAAAGAGACGAGCAGACGGACUUCAAGAGACGUGCAAUCAAGAACAAAAUCUUGGCCAUUGGUCGUCUGUCCCGAGUUUUCCAGGUGUUGCGUGAGGAAUCCGAGCGAGUCACUGAGCUCAAGACUGCAUCUGGCGGUCGUUUACCGGCCGGAACCCUCAUGUUGGGUGCUGAAGGCAUCAAGCAAGCAAUUCACAAUUUUGAAGAUGCGCGCAAGGUCGAUCUGCAGAACGAGCGACUUCCUCCAUCACAAGAGGAGGUUGUCCGUAAGAGUGAGGAGGAUCGAAAGGCUGCACUGGAGAGGGCUAAACACGAGGCCGAUAACGAUCCUAGCCUAGCCACCGUCGCUAGGCGUAUUAGCAUGUCUGGCAACAGACGCCGGAGAGAGGCCCCCAAUCGAGAAGCUCCCAACCCCGAAUCCUCUUAA